ACAAUGGAUUUGUAGGUGACCCAGUCGGGUGUGCGCACUUUCAAGCUGAUACUGCGUGUGUGCGCGCUCUCAUAGACUAUGUGAUGGACGCGAGGAGGCUCAGUUUCAUUUCUGACUUUCAAAAUGAUUUAUUUUGCACAGAAUCAAAGCGAAACAACUUUUCCAGUUAUCUUAAUAGAUUGGUUUGGCUAAAAUCUCAAUUCAGCUCAACUUAAGGACUUCACAUUCAGUCCAUAUUAUCAGUCAACAUACCUGAGAGGUGCAGAAGGUUGCAUGCUGAUCUGGAAGGAUGUGUUACUUUGGGUCUGGUUAAAUAAGCUUUAAGAUGCCUGACCCCCUGCCCCAGUACCUGUCUCAGUGAUGAAGAGCACCCCUACCAUCUUCCUCCUCACUCUAUCUGUCCUGUGCAGAGCUGAGAGCGUGAGUGGUAAGACGGUGAAGGACACGGUUCAAGAAUGGAGCAGGUACCGAAACGAGUGUCUAAGGACCAUAAGCGCACAACCCACCCCAUCAGGCUUGUUUUGCAAAUCCAUGUUUGAUAUGUACGCUUGUUGGACCAAUGGAAUUCCCAACACAACUGUUAAAGUACCCUGCCCCUGGUAUCUACCCUGGUAUGAUCAAGUGCGUAAUGGAUUUGUGCUGAGAGAGUGUGGUCCAGAUGGCCAGUGGCUCACUGUCAACAGCAGUCGCACCUGGCGAGAUCACUCACAAUGCAAGGCAGACAUCAAAGAGCAGACAGAACAGGAGAAUCAGAUGCUGAUCUUGGCCUAUUUCAGGGUGAUAUACACAAUUGGCUACUCACUGUCUUUGGCCAGCCUGUCUUUAGCUUUAGUCAUACUUCUUAUAUUUAGGAAGCUUCACUGCACACGUAACUACAUCCACACCAACCUGUUUGCCUCAUUUAUCCUGCGAGCUCUGUCCAUCCUCACGAGAGAUGCCCUUCUCAUGAAAGACGUUCCUGAGUUCAGAGACAACAAAGAUGUUUCCAUUGUGCUAAGUGAUCAGGUGAUGUCAAGUUGCCGUGUGGCCCAGGUCCUGAUGCAGUACUGUGUUGGGGCCAAUUACUAUUGGCUGCUGGUUGAAGGUCUGUAUCUUCACAAUCUUCUGGUGCUGAUGGUCUUCUCAGAAAAUAGUUACUUCUGCGUAUACGUCUUCAUCGGCUGGGGAACACCUGUGCUGUUUGUUGUACCUUGGAUUGUUGUGCGUUACCUGUAUGAGAACACAAGGUGCUGGGAAAUCAAUGAGAACAGGGCAUAUUGGUGGAUCAUUCGAACACCAAUACUCUUGGCAAUUUUUGUGAACUUUUUCAUAUUUUUAAGGAUUAUUCAGAUCCUCAUUUCCAAAUUAAAAGCACAUCAGAUGAGAUAUACAGAUUAUAAAUUUAGGUUAGCAAAGUCCACGCUGACCCUCAUUCCCCUGUUAGGGAUUCAUGAGGUGGUGUUUGCCCUGAUGACAGCCGAUGAAACGGAGGGUGUACUUCGCAAUGUUAAUCUCUUCUUUGAACUUUUCUUCAACUCCUUUCAGGGUUUUCUGGUGGCCAUAUUAUACUGUUUUGUCAAUAAAGAGGUGCAGUCGGAAAUCAAAAAGAAGUGGCAGCGAUGGAAACUGGGAAUAAGCAGUUUAGAUGAUCAACGUAACACAGGUAGCAACACGCAGCAGGGAGGUACCGGGUCCCGGUGCCACCACGACCCACCAUGUUCUCCAGAGUGCCCGCUGGACAGUGGCAGCCAACUAUCAUCUGAUCCAACCCCCACAGCCAGCCAACCGAGCACUCAGCAUCAUUACCAUCCUGGAUCAAAGAAAGACAAAGCCUACAGCUACUCAUCUGCCAGAAAGCAGGAUCCGAACGGGUUUGAUGUGCCAGCUUUGCCCCAGUGUGAAGCUGAGGGUGAAGUGGGAUAUUCAGAGAGCUACUGCUGACAGCUGUGGAUAAGUUCACAUAUUAUUGAUGGGACCAUUGAUUGGCCAGACGGAUAUUAUGGUGUCUUGGAAGAUGAGCCCUCUAACCCAAAUGGAAUGUUUUUUUUGGGAUGGAUACAGUGUAUAGAUACCCAAUGGGAAUUACUCCAGAAAUAUGUGCACUUUAAUAAUUUAUGAGUGUGGCGAAUACCCAGAAACGGGCUUCUAUAUGCGUGGCAACCCAGCUAUUUCUCUGCUUUACUUCUAUACCUCGUUUUGGACACCAGAUAAAGUCUGUUAUGUGCCAACAUUGGGGAUCAACUCAAAAAUGUGUACAUAUAGUUAAUGAGAUGUUUUCAUUGAACAAGUAUCUGUUGAAAGUAAACAUACCAAUAUAUACAGGUAAGCCACACAUACAUCACCUGGCCUGCAAGGUCAUCAAAUAAUAACCAGAGGUCUCAAGCAUUCGAUUUAAUACAUAAAGCAUACAUAAUUGCACGGACCAACAACAGGACAAACCAUAGAUUAACAGUACAACAUCAUCAAACAUGUUUAUAGUUAAAGGAAAACACCACCGUUUUCAAUAUUUUACUAUGUUCUUACCUCAACUUAGAUGAAUUAAUACCUCCCUAUUUUUUUCAAUGCGUGCACUUUAUAUUUAUACAGCACGUUGUGAAUGUGUUAGCAUUUAGCUUAGCCCCAUUCAUUCCUAUGGCUUCAAACCAAAGUUUUAUUUUGUGCCACCAUACUUACUAAUGUAACUAUGUAACAGUCUUUAAAUAGGGAAAACAUGGAAGUGUUUGGUGGCUUCUAUAAAUUCAUCCCUGUUUGGAUCCUAAGGAAUGAAUGGGGCUAGCCUAAAUGCUAACACAUUCACAAUGUG